CAUCCUGCUGACGGGAACCGUAGCCAGCAGCUUGGCGGUGGGAGGCGAUGAAGAUCUGGAGCUCGGAACACGUGUUCGGCCACCCAUGGGACACAGUCAUCAAGGCUGCCAUGAGGAAGUACCCAAAUCCGAUGAACCCCUGUGUGGUGGGAGUUGAUGUGCUGGAGAGGAGUGUGGACGGUCGGGGCCGGCUUCACAGCCACCGGCUCCUCAGCACGGAAUGGGGGCUGCCGGGCCUCGUGAGAGCGGUUUUGGGAACCAGUAGGACUUUGACAUACAUCAGAGAACAUUCUGUUGUGGAUCCAGUGGAAAAGAAAAUGGAACUUUGUUCUACCAAUAUCACACUCACAAACUUGGUGUCUGUGAACGAGAGGUUGGUGUACACUCCCCACCCAGAGAACCCUCAAAUGACCGUGCUUGUGCAAGAAGCCAUCAUCACCGUCAAAGGGAUGAGCCUCGGCAGCUAUCUAGAAAGUUUAAUGGCCAGCACAAUAUCAUCAAAUGCCAAAAAGGGGUGGGCUGCUAUUGAGUGGAUAAUUGAAAAUUCUGAAAGCGCCGUGAGCUAACGGGGCCACACCUGCACCUGUGCUAAGCGGCGGUAACUACGAUGCCUCACACAAAAAACCAAAGAGGAAAGAAAGGAAGAAAGAAGUGAGUCCUGAAUAUGGUUCAGCGGCCCCCCUGGGAAAGGUGUGGAAGCUGCUGCCGCCUGAUCCCAGCCCUGCUUGGGCCUCUUCGUCAUGACCUCACAAACAGGCCAGGCGCCUAGGCCAGGCGCAGGCAGAAUUCUCACUCACGCAGAGUGGCCCAGCGGAAGGAAGACCUCUAGCGGGAGGAUGGGGCCACAAAGCCACCGCCUUGCUACCCUGGAUGCUGAGCCAGGGUCCUGGGAGCCAGCCCCUUGCUACCUGCCACUCUGAGGCUGUUUGGCUGGACUGUUCUUGAGCCUUCCUCAGCUCUCCCCUUAACAGCAGUGGCCAGGCUUUCCUGCCAACUCUUGGAUCUUACAAAGCAGCUUUUCUCUUUUCAGAUGACUUCCCUCCUGUGCUCCUAACCACAGACUGCACUGCCAGACCUGGCCACACCUGUCACUUCAGAUGCCAUCACUGCACCACUUCCCCUUACCUGCAUCACUGUCGUGCAGAGAGGCGCUCACUGGGACUGUUGGCUCAUCUGCAUAGCCCCAGGUUGAGGUCGGGAGGCCUUGGAGUGGGUGAUUAGCCGGCUCAGCACGGAGUUGGAG